AUGAAGGUCACCUCCAGCUUGGCCUCGCUCCUUGCCUUGGCAGGGGUUGCAUCUGCCAACCCUACCAUGCAACCCCGCCACCACAAGAACCACAGUCUCCCAAAGACCAUGAUUGCUGGCGUCGAAGUCAUCGACACCCAGAUCGUCCGUGAUGCCCAGGCCCUUAUUAAGGACUUCGUCCCGUACCUCUACUACCACCAGAUGCGGUCGUGGCUGUUCGGAGUCGCCGGGAUCAACGCGAAUGAGACGCUCAAGGGCCAGAUCGACCUCGAGGUCCACGCCGUCGGCACACUGCUGCACGACCUGGGUUGGGACAUGACGCCCGGCUCUCCCUACGUCAGCAACGACAAGCGCUUCGAGGUCGACGGCGCCCUCCACGCGCGCGACUUUAUCCUGAACCAUCCGGACGCCAAGAACUGGGACAAGGCCCGUAUCGCGCUCGUCUACGACGGCAUCCUGCUGCACAACUCGGCCGGCCUGGCCCCGUGGAAGGAGCCGGACGUCUCGUACAUCGUCACGAGCAUCGGGCUCGACUACCAGGGACCCAACGGCACUCUCAUCACGCCCGAGGUCUACGCCGGCAUCGCCGAGGUGUUCCCCCAGACCGAGCUGCUGUCCGGCACCAACGAGACCUUCACGUGGAUAUGCCAGUUCAAGCCCAACGUCACAUAUGACACCUCGCUCCAGCCCUACGGCGAGAACUAUGUCCCGGGCUACAACGCUUCCGGCCACCGUGGGUUCGACACCGUCAUCACCCGCCUCAAGGAAGAGCAGGCCGCCGCGGCUGCCCACAAGCUGAGGGGGUACUAA